UCUCUCUCUUGUUGUGUUUAGUUGAACUGUAGCAGAAUAAUCCCAAAUGCUUGUAGACAACACAGUUAAACACUCGUGUCUCCGGCAGGCCGCUUGGAAUAAUGUCUCAUGUAAAGCAGAUUUUCUUGUGGGUACUUAUCGUAUACUGCACUACAUGUCAGAUAAGAUGUACAAAAAUAAUGAUCGUUGGUGACCAUCUGACCAAUACAAGUUGUUGUGCAUAUCCAGUUAUAAACAGCACAUGUCAAACAAGCUCCGGCACGGAGAUGGGGAAUUUCUGCAUAAUGAACGUUGGACAAAACAUUUCUAAAGGAUCUUGCAAAACACUAGAAGGCAGAAAAUACAGUUUCAAAAUCAGAAAACUAAAUGGGACUUAUGAGGUACUAAUGGAUGAGCUCGUUAAAGACAUACAUCUGUGGUUUAUACCGGAUGAUCUGAAAUGUUUGCCAUCAGGAGUCCUGAAUUCAACAGCGUUCCCACCAGCAGCGAACAGCACAUCGGGAACAACAACUAUCAGCACAACACAAGAUCAUUCCUGUACUAUCUGCCCGUGUGGUGGUACAGGUUGUUCGGGAAGUCCUGCUGUUGAUCCUGAGGUGUCAUGUAUAAACAGUACAUAUGAUGAAUGUAUGUGCAAAGGGAGAGAAGGAAAAAAAUAUGUUCUCAUGGUAAAUGGGACAGAAUUUAACUGCACGAAUUGCUGCAAACCACCUAAUAUGACAUCCACUACUCCAGCCAAUCCAUCCACGGCAACCAAUCCAUCCACGACAACCAAUCCAUCCACGGCAACCAAUCCAUCCACGACAACCAAUCCAUCCACGGCAACCAAUCCAUCCACGGCAAGCAAUCCAUCCACGGCAAGCAAUCCAUCCACGGCAACCAAUCCAUCCACGGCAAGCAAUCCAUCCACGGCAAGCAAUCCAUCCACGGCAACCAAUCCAUCCACGGCAACCAAUCCAUCCACGGCAAGCAAUCCAUCCACGGCAACCAAUCCAUCCACGGCAAGCAAUCCAUCCACGGCAAGCAAUCCAUCCACGGCAACCAAUCCAUCCACGGCAAGCAAUCCAUCCACGGCAAGCAAUCCAUCCACGGCAAGCAAUCCAUCCACGGCAACCAAUCCAUCCACGGCAACCAAUCCAUCCACGACAACCAAUCCAUCCACGGCAACCAAUCCAUCCACGGCAAGCAAUCCAUCCACGGCAAACAAUCCAUCCACGGCAAGCAAUCCAUCCACGGCAAGCAAUCCAUCCACGACAACCAAUCCAUCCACGACAACCAAUGAAGUGAUUCCAGUUGAAGGAAUUAUCAAUAUUACUUCAGAGUAUCAAGAACCAACGAAUGGGGAAACCGAUCCUCUCCAAGCAUCAAACACUCUGGACAAACUGGAAAAACUGACGCACCUGAUGGAAAGAGAAAACCAAAGCAACAUGGCGAUUGUCAUAGGAGAGGUUAAAGGUCUUCUGCUCAGACAUGUCAAGAAAAAAGAGACCCAAGACGUCAACAUCUGCUACUCGUCAAUCGAUGACAUGAUGAACGUCGUUGUGAGUAACAACCUCGAGGAGCUGAAAUAUCCCUGGUUUGUGAAAAUAUCCAAGGAGGCGUUCGAUAAAUCCCAUUUAGAGAACAACGGAAGCGCAUUUGUUGGAGUUCUACGGUUCAUGAACAUGGGAAACAAUGAUGGAAAUCACCCAGUUUUGAAUAAUGAGGUUUACGGUAUAACAAUGGGCGCCAAUAUCUCCAAUCUUACCAACAAUAUUGACAUUUUAAUCAAACAGGAGAAUCUGGAUGGUAACCUGUCCUGCAAUUCCUGGGAUGGGAGAGGUAACCUGGAAUGGACCAGAUUUGGCUGUAACACCACAAAGAUCAACAACGGCACCAUAAAGUGCUCAUGUUCACAUCUGACGUUCUUUGCAAUACUAAUGUCUCUGCCAGAUGCAAACCGCACAGCGCAGUAUGUGGAGUCAUUGACCUACAUCACCAAUAUCGGUUGCGGCUUCUCCAUGUUCUUCUUGGGCAUUGGCCUGUUCAUGCAUUUCCUGUUACGGAAAGCCAAAUCAAAUCAGGCCACGAAGAUCUUGAUCAACAUGUUUGUGGCUUUGUUUCUACUGAACUUAUCGUUUUUGUGCAAUGAGAGUAUCGCCAACACUCAAGACAACUCUGCGUGCAUCGCCAUCGCACUGAUCAUGCAUUACUCGAUGCUGGCGACCUUCACCUGGUUCUUCGUUCAAGCCCUUCACAUGUACAUGUGGCUCAUCAGACAGAACCUCACCACCAAAAACUACAUGAGGAAGAUCAGCGCGGUGGGAUGGGCGUGUCCGGCUCCAAUCGUCCUGAUCAUCGUUUCUAUAGGAGAGUAUAAAAGAGUGUCCAUACAAUCAACAACGAAACCCACACAGAUGUGCUGGAUCACAAAUCCUUACGUUCACUACAUCGUGAACAUCGGAUACUAUGCUUUGGUUUUUGUUUUCACGGCAGGAAUCUUCAUCAUGAUGCUCACAAAGAUUAUCCAAGCGAGAAACAUUAUAGUCGGUGAAAUUAAGAAAGUCACGUUUAAGAAACAGCUAACGAUGAUUUUGAGUCUUCUCUUCCUGUUCGGCUUGACGUGGGGAAUCGCGUUCUUCAGUUUUGGGCCGAUGGUCAUUCCGUCAUACUACAUCUUCACUGUGUUGAACUCCUUUCAGGGAUUCUUUCUGUUCUUGUAUUAUUAUCACAUUCGUGACGAUGUAGAAGGGAGCUUCUCUGAUGACCCGGACAGCAGCACCUCCAGUUCCACCAAAACCAUUCAAUCCAGCAUUAAUACACAGAGCAAUGUAUAUGAUAAUAUUCAUGAAUAAUAAUCAUGAAACGC